CUACCGCAAUCCUUGCUGCAAGAAAUUGUGACGUCGACGAAAUAAAUGAGAGAGUUGUUGACUUACUCGACGAAAAGACUGAGCGAAUCUACUCGAGCAUUGAUGGUGUCGAAGACUCGGACAAAGAAAAGUUCAGUGAAAUGGUGACACCCGAAUACUUAAACACUUUGCGACCACGAUCACUGCCCCCACAUAAUUUGCGUCUACGUAAGAACGCUAUUGUCAUGUUGGUACGUAACUUAAGCGUUUGCGAAGGAUUAGUUAACGGAACACGUUUAUUAGUACAGCAGAUGACCAACAACCUCCUUCAAUGUAUGGUCAUAACGGGAGAUCAUUGCGGGGAAAUUGUUUUCAUUCCACGUAUAAAACUAUAUUGUGACAGUGAAUACCCAUUUACUAUGUGGAGACGCCAAUUCCCCGUAACGCCUGCCUUCGUAAUCACUAUCAACAAAGCUCAGGGCCAAACGUUCAAAAGAAUUGGCAUUUAUUUGGAACAGGAUGCUUUCGCACAUGGACAAAUCUACGUCGCAUUUUCACGUGCACCAAGCGAUAAUUGUGUAUUUGUCUAUCUAAAAAAGGGACGAAAAAAUAAUCUCAUUAAAAACGUUGUCUACAGAGAAAUAUUGAACGAACAGAGUAUGAGUUGCAGGAGAACAAAAGACAUUAAACAAAAAGAAGGAAAGCGAAAAAUUGAAAUUAAUCUUGACGAAAUUAAAAGUGAAGCAGUUGAACAUGCAGUUAAACGUGUAAAAGUUGAAGGGAAUAUAAGAACAAUAAGUGUUACAGAGGAUGAACAGCCUAUACGGAGAGUGAAGCAGAAUGAAACGACGAUUACACGUGAAAUUGUACCAACUAUCGAACAUUUCAAACUAAACCCCCCAUUCGGGGGGGUUAGUUUAGUUUCUUACUCAGGGGUUAAAACACUUGGAUGAGACACUAAACUAACUCCCCUUUGGGACUAACCAAGGUUGGUUGCGUUUUACAAACUUGACAACCCCCCCUAGGAGCUCCGAAAGGAGCGCCCUGCUCUAGUUUGUAUUAUAAUUUGCAAUUUGUGACCUGUGUUCUGUAUAACAUUGCGUUAAUGCUGGUUUAGGGAUUCAUGAACCAUUUUACCAUGUUUCCAGACAUAACUUUGCUAGGUUAUUGACCUCUUACUCUUUCCUGUUGAAUACGAUCUUUGUUUGAAAUGUGGAAAGACUGGUGAUAAGGCCUUGCCUGUCCGGGAUAAAUAUUUGAAGAUGGAGUAUUAUAAAACAUUACAUUGUAGUUGCAAAAGCAGCCAUUAGUUUUCCCAGGUUUUUCUUAAAAUUAACUGUACUCGAAUCACUUGUAUAUUAUGACAAUCUUCCAUUUACAAGUGAAAUGGAUACUAAAAGUUCAUAAGGAUAUGACUUUACACACCUUUAUUGUCGCAUGAAAUCGGAGGUCACCACAGGCCUUGAUGUUUUAUUUUCUGGAAUGUGAAAAAAAAUGCUCAUACCAGUUUACUGUCAUGGUUAUCAGAAUUGUGUGCAAACAUCCAUGAGCCCUAGAUAGCAUAUGUCAAUAUGAUGUAUCUAUUGGUAAUUUUAAGUGUUGUAGGGAGAGAGCAGCUCAGACUUUUUCAUGUGUGUUAUAGUUUGGAGCUUCCACAUGGAUUCACUCAGAUCUGUGAUCCCAAUUGUAUUGCUGUUUGUAGCACAUUGUGUUGUUAUGCAACAGGAUCCUUGCAACCUCAAGCAGACCUGCAGUGCCUGUAUCCAAGAACCUGGUUGUUUUUGGUGUAGUGGUCCUUUGUUGAAUGGAACAGAACAACGAUGUAGCCAAGAGAAAGUGAACUGUAAUGAGAAUUAUAUAGUGGAUCCUGUCACUAACUACACAGAACUUAAGAAGGAAAACACUGUGUCUGAUGUCAAUCAAAUAACUCCACAGGAGGUGCAUCUCAGCUUGAGAAUCAAUAAACCAUUCAACAUUACAUUGAAAUAUUCACAGGCAGAAUAUCCAGUGGAUUUGUAUUACCUCAUGGAUCUGUCUUAUUCAAUGAAGGAUGACAAAGACAUGUUGCAGAUUCUUGGAAGAAACCUGGAAGAGCUCAUGACAAAAUUUACUUCAGAUUUCCAAUUAGGGUUUGGGAGUUUUGUUGAUAAGAUUGUCAGACCAUAUACCAACACUUUGCCUUCCAAGAUGAAGGAACCUUGCGUGGGCUGCAGAGCUCCAUAUGGCUUUCACAAUCACAUGAAGCUCAGUGACAAUGUGACACACUUUUUUCUUGAGGUUGGUGAUGCAAGUGUGUCUGGAAAUAUAGAUGAUCCAGAGGGAGGAUUUGAUGCCUUGAUGCAGACUGUAGUCUGCUCAGAAAAAAUUGGUUGGAGAAGAAAUACUCGUAGGUUGUUGGUUUUCUCUAGUGACAAUGGCUUUCAUAUAGCAGGUGAUGGAAAGCUAGGAGGCAUCAUUGAGCCAAAUGAUGGGAAGUGCCAUUUAAAUGAAGAUGGAAUGUACACACAUUCUGCACUUCAGGACUAUCCUUCAGUCUCACAUCUCAGUCAUAAAGUCAGAGAGAAUGCCAUCAACAUAAUCUUCGCAGUGACAGAACCCCAGCUAGAAGCAUACAGACUCCUUACAAAGAACAUAGAUGGGGCAAAAGUUGGACACUUAACAGCCGACUCUUCCAACAUUUUAGAACUGGUAGAAGAGCAGUACAAGAAAAUUUCGUCAUCAGUUGAUAUGAGGCAUGAUGCCCCAGAACAUAUCCAGGUUAUGUAUUACACCUCAUGCCAGAGUUCGUCUGAUGAAAUAAGACAGUCGAACAAAUGUGACAAGCUUCAAAUUGGAGAGGAAGUGGAAUUUCGUGUGGAAAUCAAAGUUCUCCAUUGUCCAAACAAUCGAAAUGACUGGAAGCAAACUUUCAAGAUUUUCCCUGUUGGAAGUCAAGAAGCAACACUUGUUCAUCUUGAAAUGAACUGUGAUUGCCCUUGUGAGCACAAAGAAGAUCAUCUAUACAAAGAAAAUGCUGAAGAAUGUUCCAGCAAUGGCACCUACAUGUGCGGAGUCUGUGACUGUAAUAACAUGCAUUUUGGGAAAAAGUGUCAGUGCAGCUCAAUUCAGCCACUGUCUGCAGGAAUUGGAAUACCCAGCGAUUGUUUGCCCAGCACAGAUAAUCUUCCUAUUUGCUCUGAACAUGGAACUUGCACCUGUGGAGUUUGUCAGUGUGAAGAGGCUGGCAGAUGGUGAGCUGUGUGGUGGACGUGGUACCUGCAAAUGUGGGAAAUGUCAGUGUGAAGCAGGCUGGACUGGUGAGGCCUGUGAGUGUUCGCUUUCUACAGAGAACUGUAAAGCUGAUGAUGGGAGUGCACCCUGCUCCAACCAUGGC